UUGUAGACAUGAAAAACUGAAAAUUUGGUUAUUUGAAUUGUUCACAUACAUGUUGAGGUUAUGUAUAAAGUGUAACCUCAAGAGUAAUAGAUAUUUUUAUUACCUACAACUUUGCUAUUCAACUUUUUUCCAUAGGACUUAUAUUAUUGCCAUAAAUCGAGAUUAUCCGUUUUUCACCCUUAAUAGCUCAGCGCCCCCUUCAUUUAUUGUUUAUGGCUCUAUGAAUAAUAAUGUUGAAUUCUGUUGUUUGGUGUCAAUACAAACAUUUUGUAAGCCCCGUAUACACGAUCCGGAAUUGUUUGUUGCUAUGCAACCACAUUGAUGAAGUGCAAACAUAUCAUGUUCUCAGUUUUGAUUGCAUUCCAAAGUUUGUAUUAAAAAAUAUGGACUGGAAAUAUAUAUCAGCGUUGAAUACCGAUAAUUUGAAUGAUACAGAGAAAGAUGAGUUGUACAAUACUGUAACUUGGUAUGAUUAUGAAUCUGAAGAAAUCAAGAAAGAAAAUUUAAGAGCACUCCUGAAGGUCUGUCAAGAAAUUCUGAAAUACAAAGGAGAGCAAGUGGAGACUUUGUUUCAUGAAUUGGAAGAAAUGGCUAUCAAACAAGCUGAAGAAGAUGCAAGAAAGCAAGAUUCUGAUGCUGAACUCAGAAGUGCCAGAUCCAGAAAAUCAAGUUCUUUGGAAUUUGAAAAUUUGGAGCAAAAAUAUGUGGAACUAAAAGCAAAAUAUAAGCAAACAUUACGUAACAAUGAAAAGAUCAACUUGGAUUUGAAAAAAGUAUCCAAUAAGAUGAAAUCUUUAGAGCAAGAAAAUAGAAGAUUGGAAAAAGAGCUGCAAUCAAUUCCUCACGAUGCAGGAAGUGAAUCUGAUAUAUCCGAAACGAUAAAAGAUCAUCAGAAAGAACUUGUCGAUACUCUACAAAAUAAAAAUAAACAAAUUUCUGAACUGUUACGGGACAUUGAAAAUGUGGAAAGUGAAAAUCUUCUCAUGAGGGAUAAAUUGUCAAAAGUUCGUGAUGAACUAGAGGUAGCAACCAAAGAGAUCAUUUUCAUGACUCAAACUCUAAAAUUAAAAGAGGAAAGCCUCAAAGAAUCAACUGAGCAUUCGAACAAGAUGGUUGAACAAUAUGACAAUGUGAAAAAAGUAUUGGAAAAACUCCAGCACGAAAAAAAUGAUUUAGAAAAUGAAAUGAAAAAGCAGUUGACGGACUUGAACCAAAUUGUAGGAGAUUUAAAGGAAACCAUCGAACAAAAAGAUGGGGAAAUACAAGGUUUAAAAGCUCGCCUAAAAGAACCCAGCUUUAAUUCUUCAAUAUCGAGUCUACCGAAAGAUGAGCCAGAACAGUGCCAUAUGUCAGCUUUGCAGAGAGUUCUGGAUGAGAGAGAAAAACAAUUACUGGAGGUUCAAACUCAGCUUCAAAUCGCCACGAAGGAUAUAAAAGAAAUGACAGAUAUUAUGAAAAAAUUUAAAAAUGAAAAAGACAGUGAUAGUAGGACAAUGGAGAGAUUGGAGCAAAAUAUGGUUGAAAUUAAGAAGCAGUUGAGUACAGCUCAUGAGAGAUGUCAGAAAAUGCAAGAUGAAGUUGAUUUUGCUGAAAAAAUAUCCCGGAGCAAAGAUGAAGAGCUGAACAAAAUUUUAAGUAAACUGCAAGAAAAUGGUCAAGUUGAUCUUGUGGUGAAUUUGAGAGAAAUUCAAGAACUGAAAGCUGACAACAGAAUGAAAGAAAAGCAAAUUAUGGGCUUGGUGAAAACCUCUAAUAAAAUACAAGAAAAUUGUGAUUGUUUUGAGAAAGAAAAUGAUAUACUCAGGGAGAAACUGGGUAUUCCAAUAGAAGAAGAGUUGAGCUUGGGUGAAUACACUUCCAAACAGAAAAAAAUGAUAAAAGAGUUAGGCAUGCUCAGGAAUCAGUUAUCAAAAAAAGACGAUAAAGCAAUACAUUACAAACUAGAAGUACGGAAAUUGAACCAUGCCAUAUCUUCUUUGACUCGGCAAAUCAUUGAUCUUGGUCAAGAACCACAAUAUAACAAUUUCGAAAAUGUGAAUGAUGAUCGGUUCAAAAAUGAAAAUAAAACGUUGGCAGAAGAAAACGAGGCAUUAAGAAAAGGAAUGCAUGAGAUACUGCACAGUAUCAACAUGAAAAAAACUGCGUCAUUGAAGGAAGUCAAGUCAGAAACGUUUGAAAAACUGCUGAGAGCACUGGAUGUCAAGCAUGUCUCAGGAUGGUACCAUCCUGCAAUGAGGCUUCAGGCAGAAAUUCAUAAUUUGGAGGGGAUCAAUAGUGAACUAAGAGAUCAACUCAGAGAAGCUAGGUUAGAAAUUGCAAAGUUAAGAACAAGUGAUUAUAAAUAUGUAGAUCGUAAGCAACAAGCCACUGAGACGGGACAAGAUUCAGAAGAUUCAGUAAAGAAGCUAGAAGAUUCUUCAUUACCAGAAAAAAUUGCAGCCGAAACGUUGGAUAUACUUCUUAAAAAACUGUUAGAACGCAUAAACACCGAUAAAAGUAAAGAAGAAAAUAUCACAGUACUUGAACAGCAGUUAUUAUUGUGGUUUAGAAGUAUGUUCGUUGAAAAAAAUAAACUGGAAGAGACGUUCAAAUCCGUGCAAGACAAACUGAAGAAUCUCCAAGAAGAAUAUGAUAAUCUCAUGGAGAAAUUGAAGAUACUAAUCUGUGAAACAGAAGAAGAAAAAGUGAAGAAAAUCGACGACUUAGUAUUGACAAACAGUUCUAUGAAAAGAAAAGUUUGUUAUUUGGAAAAUGAAACUAGAAAACUAAGCAAAAAAAUCGAAGAAUUCUAUAAAGAUAUCGAAAAUGCUGAACAUUUGCAUUCAAAAAAAAUUGGAGAAUUACAGAGAAAAAAUAAGUCCUUAGAAAACAAUUUGAAAAUUGCUAAAAAUUUGAACGAUCAAUCUGUUGAUCUUGAAACCUACAAAGAAGUAGACAAAAACUUGGCAAACAUGACUGUCAAGUACAGAGAGGUUGUAGAUUCACUCAAAAAGCAAGCAGAAGACAAAUCUCUGGAGACAUUGAUACUGUUGGAAUCACAGAAAAAUUUCGAAUCUGAUAAGAAAGAGCUAGAAAAUAAACUUGUAGAAGUAAUGUCGAAACUUUCUUUACAAAAUCUACAAAAUGUGGAGUAUAAAGUCGAAAAACUCUCGCAAAAACUAGCAGAAACUGAAGUGAAUGAAAUAUCUGAAAGACAAAGAGCUAACCAUACCAACAAUCUCUACGAUUUAGUGAAAGAACAGUUGAACAAAUCCGAAGAACGGUUCCAGGAAUAUUCUAAAUUCAACGACGAUCUACUAAAGAGGAACCUAGCUUUACAAGAUCAACUGAGAGAUGCCGAAAACAAAAUAUCUGAUUACAUCGAUCCUAGCCUUUACAAUAAGUUGCAAGAAAGUAAUAGCGAGUUACUGAAGGAAAACGAGAGGUUAGAAAUGAUGAUAACCAAAAUGACUGAAAACUCGAAAUUAGAAAAGCAAACUCUAGACUUUCAAAUGACCUGGAAUGAGUCUAGAGAACAAGAACUGUUGAAUCUGAAGCACCAAGUCGUCGAUUUAGUUUCCAUGUCUGACGAAAAAGUUAUCAUAGCUCAGUUGAAUAGUGAUAUAUUGCAAUACAGGCAGAGCCAGAACUAUAACAAAAUAAAAAUGAAAGAAGUGACUGAUGAAUUGGAAAAUUUGAACUAUAAAUACUCAAAGGAUUUAUCAAAGUUAGAAAAUGAAAAGUCUAAUUUAGAAGAAAAUGAGGCUGCUUGCAAAAAAAAGAUUAGGUACUUGCAACAAUUGUUUGACAUGCAAAAGUUGCAGUAUAUCGGAUGCAUACCUCUUUGUUCUGAAGAAAUAUAUGUGAAUAACAUCAUAACUAUGAACAAAGACAAGCAUGAAGCUUUUCUUAGUUUGCAUAAAGCGAAAAUGUCAGAAAAUGAAGCGAACUUGCUCAAAGAUCAGUUGACUUUGGAACUAACUCAUUUGAAGACUCUCAAAGAAAUGAGUGUGGGAAGUAAUAUAGAAGGAUAUAAAAAUGUUUUAAGUUGGAUGCAAGAAAAGAAAGUGUUUCAGAUAAAUGAAUUGAGGUAUAAACGUCAGUCAGAGUUCAAAGAAGCCCAGCUACAGCAUUUCAUUGAUAGAGUAAAAUUGCAAGAUGAACAACUAGCAAAACUAGAUGAAGAACUCUUACUGUGGCAUAAACACUUCAACGGAACUUACAUUCAGAAAAAUAGUAUUGUAAAUCAAACAAAAUCAGAUGAAACACCUAUCCCUAUCGCUAUCCCUAUCCCUGCACCGCGAAAGUUUUUUGUGUCAGUUGAGGUCCAAACGAUAGAAGAUGAAUGCGACAUAACCGUCCAAUCGAAUAAUGAUGAAAUUAUCUCACUGAAAUCUGAAAUUUCGAGAAUGAAAGAUGAAUUAUUGGCGAAAGAACAGUUCAUAGGUCAGCUAAGAAGUAAAGUAGCCGAACAUGAGAUGACGAUAAGCUUAUUCAGGAAACAGAUUGGUGAUAAACAGAGUCAAAUUUCGUUUUAUGAACACCACAUCAUGGAAUUGCAGAGUAAAAAAGGGGAAAUAUCUUCGAGUGGAGCCGGUGGAGAUAAUAUAAGUGUCGGUGUUGAAACUACUAAUUCUAAUGAAGAGGUUGUGGCGUUGAAGGGAUCUGUCAAAGAUUUACAAGACAAUCUUAAAAACAAGGAUGAAGAAAUAAUGAAAUACCAGACUCUGUUGAAGGUCGAUAGAGACAAACACAGUAUGGCUGCUGCUACUUUACAAGAAGAGCUCCAAAGUCUUCAAAAAUUGCUGAGCGAAGAAAAACGUAAAUGCCAGAGCCUCGAAGAACAAAAGACUCAAAGUAGUCCACCCAAUGAUGUGGUGGAACAGUACAUGUCUCAGGUCAAUGAUUUCGAAAAGCAUGCUUCUGAGUUACAUACUAAAGUCACAAGCUUAGAUGCUCAGUUGCACUCCAGCAGGGAAGAAGCUAUGAGGUGGAGGAACUUGGCCAAUGAUAGGCUAACAGCCAUGGAGGAUCUCAGGCAAAAGUUGGACAACCGACAUAGAAAUGAACUCGAUAUGUUCAAAAUGGACAUUGAGAAAAUGAUCGAAAUCGGUAAAGAUGAGGCCAAUUAUCUGAGACAACUCAUGAGCAAGCAGAGAGUUGAGCGUUCAGGGAGAUUAGAUGCCGAUAUCCAAAAAUUCAUCAAAGACAAGGAUGACAGAAUAAAUGAGCUAACCACCAAAUUACGCUAUCUCAAAAAUAACAUGAAGAGAUCUGAACAACCUGAAAAAGAGUUUUCUCCAAAACUAUCGGAUUUGGAAUCUUCUAGAGAAGCACUAGCUAAGGAGAACGAGCUUCUGAAAAGACGAUACGAACAAUUAGUUAUCAAAGAAAGGAAUGCCAAGGAAGAAAUCAGAGAAUUGAAAGCACAACUCUUGAAAAAACCGAUAACGGCGAGAAGUGACAAAUCUGAGAGAAGUAUAAAAGACCAAUUACAAAGGAAAAUUUUGAACCAAGAAGAGGAGUUGAUAAGUUUGAAAAAGACGCUAGAAGAACAAAUUGCAAUAAAUGAUAUUCACAAAGUACAAGCCAGUGAUGAUUUUGAUAAAUGGAAAAAAAUGAAACAUUGGCAACAGGCUGCUGAAAAAUACAAGAACAAAUUGAAAGAGAAAGAAGCCGAAUUUGAGAAAAGUCACCAGUCAAAUACCGGUUAUAGGUUAUUGAUUGAGAGAAUCGAAAGGGAGAAACAUAACCUCGAAAACAGGAUAAAGAGCUUGAAAACUGCGAAUAGAGACAUCCCCAAUUGCAGAGAAUUGGAAAUGCUGAAAAUCGAGAAUAUGAGAUUGUCAACUGAAAUUGAAACCUUGAAUUCUAGACUUGAAAUGCAACAGCAUCAUUCUGGAGGGCUGGGUGCGGCUAUGAUGCAAGAAAAAUUGGAGAGUCAAGAGAGAAAAAUUGCGAUAUUCGAAGUGGCAGCAAAGGGUACAGUGGAAAUCCGAGCAGAAUUGGAACGUCUCCAGACGGCAAUUUCUAACAUUCAAAAAACGAACUUGAGACUGGAGGCUGAGAAUUUGGAUUUGAAAAUUGAUUUGGAACAAAAAGCGAAAGAAGUUCCACAACUGCAACAGCAAAUUCGCCACUUAGAGAACUACACUGACGUAUUGAAAGUGGAAAAGAGCAAAGAAGUUUGCAAAACCCCACAGCCACAGGACGUAGAAUCAAAAAGAGUUUCCGAGCUCGAAAGGACCGUCUUUAUUUUGAAGAGGGUCGUGGAAAAACUUCAAGCUGAGAACAAACGAUUAUGCAAUGGCAAACGACCAAUAUCGGAUCGAGCAGCUUCAGCUGAUAAAUUGAAGAGAGAAAAUAAUCGACUUAAAGAGGAAUAUACUGAGUGUGCUCAGAAACUAGACCAACUUGAAAAAGAACUUUUGGAAGCCAAAAAUAAAUUGAAGAAUACUUCGAUGUUCAGGAAUUCUGAUGGCGAGAGACUUGCCGCUUUAUCUGAAGAGUUAUCGAAAGCCAAUUCACAGUUGGAGCAUAAGUCUACUUUACUGGAUAAAGUCAAGAUUUUGUUGCACAGAGCAGCUGCCAAGGAAAGAUUACUCUUGCAGGAGAUUGCAGAGUUGAGAAAUCAAAGAACAGGCGGUAUCAAUCCUAUUCUAGAAGAAUCGGAAGGAAGCAGUUCAGAUGUGUGAGAUGGGAUAUUCUUAGUAAAUAUAUUUGUAUAUUUCUAUAUUUUUAAUUAAGAAUAAAAUAUUUAUUUGUGGUAUUCAAAAAUGUCUCUGAAUUGAUACAGAUAAGAAUUGCCACUCUUAUUU